AAACUGAAAGUAUUCUAACUUUAGCCCACUUACUUUCAUUUUCGUCUUGAAAGGCGUCCAACAAUGCGUGGUGAUUACUUUCAUGGGCACAUUUAGCCAUAAUUUAACUAAAAUAAAUAGUUGAAAAGAUUGAUAUAGCCUUAUUGAAACAAAUACAUGUUGUUUUUGCCUGUUAGUCUACAGUAGGUACAUGUACAAAGGGGAUCAUGUGAUUGUGAAUUGGCCUACUUGUGGUCCAAUAACGACUUUGAAUAUUUUUUUUGAAGUGUUCAUUUAAAACGUAUUUUCAAGAUGGAGAAGGCAGGCAAGAACAUGCAUCUGAGAGAGUGGCUGAUAGCGCAGAUAGACAGCGGAAAGUACGCAGGACUCAUCUGGGAGAACCAGAACAAAACCAUGUUCAGGAUCCCAUGGAAACACGCGGCAAAGCAGGACUAUAAUCAGAAUGAAGAUGCAGCACUUUUCAAGGCGUGGGCAGUGUAUAAGGGGAAGUAUCGAGAGGGGAGGGACAAGGCAGACCCCACUUCCUGGAAGACUCGUCUCCGCUGUGCCCUCAACAAGAGCACAGACUUCCAGGAGGUCCCAGAGCGCAGCCAGCUGGACGUCUCCGAGCCCUACAAGACCUACCAUAUCCAGGUAGAGACAGAGACAGGCAGAUACUCAGAAUCUCCUGAAACUGAUAGUCAGGUGAUAAUCCAGACCAGGAGCUCCAGUGCUCACCUGAGGAACACCAUCACACACCAUCCACAGUUUGGCUGCCAUAGGGAAUUAGAGGAAAGGGAUGGAAGAGUCAACCCUAGUGGGGGUUUGGACCAUGUAUACUACUGUUCCAACACAGGGACUCCCCAGAUGGACAACUCUGCUCCCUUCUCCAUAUUCAGUCCCACACCACAGAUCUCUGACUUCCGUGUGCGGGUGUGUCUGUUCUACCAGGACCAGCUAGUAGUGGAUGUGACCACCAGCACCCCAGAUGGCUGUUUCAUUCUACAUGGUCAGGUGCCCCUGGGGAACGAGAGGAUCUAUGGCCCCUGCACAGCCCAACAGGUCCCCUUCCCCCCUCCAGGGGUCAUCCACCUGCCCCCCUGUAUCGCUGAGGCCAUGGGCCGCCUGCUGCCCCACUUGGAGAGGGGUGUCCUGGUGUGGGUGGCUCCAGAUGGGGUGUUUAUCAAGAGGUUCUGCCAGGGCAGGGUAUACUGGAGUGGCCCUCUGGCCCAGCACACAGACAGGCCCAACAAGCUAAACAGAGAGAGGACCUGCAAGCUGCUGAAUACACCUGUAUUUCUGAAGGAGCUCCAGGACUUUCUCAAGGGGGUGGGACCCAAACCUCGCUAUGAGAUUGACCUCUGCUUUGGGGAAGAGUUUCCCGACGCCAGCCCCCUGAAAACUAGGAAGCUGAUCAUUGCACAGGUAGUGCCCCUGUUUGCUGUCAACCUACUGCAGAGGUGCCAGAGGUUUGGGCCAUAAGAGAGACCAUGCCUUCACACACACAUCACCAUGGGGGAGGAGGAAAAGGGUCAGUCACAACCCUCUCCCAGCACUGAUGAGACCAGGACCCAUCUCUGAGUAACCCCUUAGGAACAUCCCCACCUGGUACCCUCCUGUCCCAGUCUAGCCAGCCAUGAUGAGGGG